AUGGCGUGGGUCCGGUUCAGGCUUCCUCGGGUAUUCCCUUUGGCCCAGGUGCAGCGAAAACUGAGACUCUCUCCUGCUCGUCCCACGCCGCUGGGUUCUGCCAGGUUGACAGGUACUCAAGCAAUCACAUUCUCGCCAAUUUCAUUCAUACAGCCGCUCGUUUUCGCGUAUCAGUAUGCUUGUUGUCUGUUUUCUGGCCGUGGUGUUUUUUUUUAUGAAGUUAUACCUUGUCGUUUCUUUAUUCGUUCUGCGCGUGAACAGGCGACGCUCCUGUUACGAUGUCUCGCUAUUCUGGUGGACGACUGGCUGUCAGCCUCUCGUUGCGUCCUUUUCGCGCCAGCUUUUCUCUACUCUCCCGGCCCAACGAUGGCUGGGGUCAUGGGGUGA